CGUCGACCAUCCUUCAACAGUUCAACUCCCUGUGUUGUUUCUUCUCCAGGUGCGAACGAGUUUCAUUUCUUCAUCUCUUCUAUUACUUAAAGUCUUCUACCCUAUAGUUUACUAGGGUUUCUUUCUUUCCUUCCUCUCCUUCGUCGGAUGUCUGCUUUCCAGGGUUCUUGAAGACUUAUUUAGUAGUUUCUUUCCCGACAAGGCUCCCCUAAGCCAUGGCUUCUUUCUCUACCUGUAAAUUUUUAUUGUUGUUGUUGUUGUUUUUGUUGAUCUUCGCGCUCGGUUCGCAGACUUGUCAUGGCUUCGGGACCUUCGGCUUCGAUAUUCAUCACAGGUUCUCCGAUGCCGUCAAAGAAAUUCUCCCCGUCGACGACUUGCCAGAGACGGGAAGUCUCGAGUACUACUCCGCCUUGACCCAUCGAGACCGCUUCAUUAGAGGUCGUGGACUUGCUAGCAACGAUAAUCAAUCUCUCACUUUCGUCAACGGGAACACCACCUUUCGUAUAAGUUCCUUGGGAUUUUUGCAUUAUGCCAAUGUUUCAUUGGGGACGCCGAGUUUGUCAUAUCUGGUCGCACUUGACACGGGGAGUGAUCUGUUUUGGGUUCCAUGUGAUUGUGUCAGCUGCGUUGAUGAAUUGAUCUUCAGAUCGUCCGGAACUGUGCUAAAGUUCAACAUUUACAGCCCAAAUACAUCAACAACAAGCAAAAGCAUUUCCUGCAACAGCGGUUUGUGUGAAAACGCAAGGGGGUGCUCUGGAACACCAAACAGUUGUCCUUAUGAAGUUGUGUAUCUUUCUAACGGUACUUCAUCUGCUGGCUAUUUGGUGGAAGAUGUUUUGCACUUGACAACAGACAAUACCCAUCCAGAAGUUGUUGAUGCACGGAUCACAUUUGGUUGUGGUCAGGUUCAAACAGGGUCUUUCUCGGAUGGUGCAGCACCCAAUGGAUUAUUUGGGCUUGGUAUGGAUAAAUUAUCAGUUCCUAGCGUUUUAUCAAGUGCAGACCUUAUUGCAAAUUCUUUUUCCAUGUGUUUUGGACCUGAUGGGAUUGGAAGAAUCAGUUUUGGAGACAAAGGUAGCACAGAUCAAGAAGAAACUCCAUUCAAUAUUCACCAAUCACACCCAACAUAUAAUAUCAGUAUGACUCAAUUAAUCAUUGGGAAAGAUGCUAUCAAUAUCAAUUUUAGUGCAAUUUUUGACUCUGGUACUUCAUUUACAUACUUGAAUGAUCCAGCUUACACACAUCUUACUAAAAGUUUUGAUGCUCAGGUCCAAGAUAAGCGGCAUCAAUCUGAUUCACAAACGCCAUUUGACUACUGUUAUGAUACUAGUUUGGAUGUUACAAGUAUCACACCAUCGACAAAUAUUGCAAUACCAAAUGUAACUCUAACCAUGAAAGGUGGAAGCCAGUUUCCUGUUUUCAAACCCAUAGUUCUUGUCUCAUCCCAGAAUAUGGUUUAUUAUUGUUUGGGUGUUGUAAAGAGCUCAGAUGUGAAUAUCAUUGGUCAAAAUUUCAUGACUGGGUACCGUGUAGUAUUUGACCGUGAGAAGUUGGUUUUAGGUUGGAGAAAGUCCAAUUGUUACGAUGUUGAGGAAUCCAACACCUCACUAGCAAAUACUCGAAACUCUACUGUAGUGCCUCCUGCUAUUGCUGUUGAACCAGGUAGCUUCACUCCUGAAGCCACAAGAAACACUGGAAUUGGUGCAAAUACUUCAGGGGCAUCACCACCUAUAUGGAGCGGAGCUUUAUUUCUGAGCCUCUUCAGUUGUGCUUUCUUGUUUCAUCUUCCAUCCUUUCCCAUUCUUUAAUCAUUCUUUCAUUAGGCUAUACUCAGAUUAUUUCAUUGUAUGUUUUUAGGCGAGGCAGUGUACCAUAUUUAUUUAUAGGUCUCCCCAAAGUUCCAAUUUCAAACCAGUAUAGGGGCAUUUCUGGUUGUCAUGCCCUUUUCUUUCUGGGUAGAAUUGUGAUUCGAGGAGUAUUGGUUCAUUGAAUCACUUUCCUUCCCGCCAGAUUGUUUUGAAGUAUUUGUUGUAAAUAUGAUUAAUAAUGAGUUCCUUGUAUUUAUAAAACAAGUUUCACGUGAGUAAGUAUUGGACUGUUUUAAGUGUUGAAUUUGAA